UCCUCAUCUAUCGCAACCAGCUAUGCGCCGAAUACCGCAGUGCCAGCGGUCAAUUGACCAGGCGCUUGCGUCCCCUCUCUUGUCGAGACAAUGCAUAUCCGCGGCCCCAAGCCGUUCCGCCCUUAACCCAAACCUCCUCCGCACAACCUCCGCCCCGUUCUCCACCUCCCCACGCUUCGAAAUUUUUGCGGACGCCAAACAAGAUGCGAAGAAGAAGCACAUGGCCAUGGUGCGGAAAUGGCAAAAGAGGAUCCAUGGUGACUCAGAGCCGAUAGGACAUCGCGUCGACCCCUACGAUCCCACGUCCCCCGUUCGGUUAGCACCUGAGGAGCUCGGCGAGGAAAUAGAAAUUCUCGAGGAAGAGGAGAGGGGAGAGGGUGCUCCGUAUGAGCCGGCGCACGAAGCGACAGGACUGGAGCGAGUCGGGGGGAAGGCAUUUGUCAAGCAACAUGAGGAGGCAAAGCUGGCGGAGAGGUUUGAGGUUUUGGUCGCGAAGCCUUCGAUCGCGAGGUACAGCUUUGGCCGUGCAACUCCCCUUAUGCAGCGGCGAGCCAUUCUCAACCGUUUCCAUCAAGCGGUCGUGGAGGUCUAUACUCUCAAGGAGGCGGGCGCCAACCUGGAUCUUUCGUCAUACCCGCAUGAAGGCAACUAUGGCAAGCCGCCGUUCAAGUACUCUUCGGUGUCGAUUUCUCUGUCGCCGGCCAACGAACCCGUCCUAAACUACCCUUACGCGGAGGCCAGGACAAAGCUGUUGGGUAAGAUGCAAAAUGCACUGUCGGAACGGGAAGGGGUUGAGGAGGAGAUAGUCGAUAAGGCGGAAGAGUAUGCCGAGGAAGCGGAGCCGGAGGCGAAGGUCGAGACGAAGACCAGCAGGCAGUUUGACUUCACGUCUUCGCCUGUAUCAGAGUCUGCGCCGGCAGCUGAGUCCGCCAAGUCUGUCAACCUUACGGAGAUCGGCUUGGAUAGCGCAGUUGGUACUGUGCAGAAUGAGAUUGCGAAGAUGCGGCAAACCGUCCUCGAAACUGCAGCGCGCAGGUCCGAGAGGGUUGUUGCAGAUCUACGUAAGGUCGUCGAAGCACACCUCAUUUCGGCCGCUAGCGAGAAUGUUACCGUCAUCGAACCUGAGUUGGCGCCUGUUACUUAUGGGCGUGUGAAACUCAACGAUCCAGCCGUAAAAUUUGCGAUCUCCAAACGCCUCCUCCAACUCACAGGCCACCGCCUAUCGGAUCCUCAACUCAUCGCCUCAGACACCCUCAGCGACCUCCUCCAGAACCUCCUUUCCCUCACCAAACCCAAACCCACCAAACUCUUCGACGUUGUCAAGAAGGAAAAUACGCUCAGCAGACUGCCAAACGUGCAACUGUAUCCUCGGAAGAUUAGCGAGAGGCAGAGGGAGAAGCAGGUCGGAAGGUGGAAGGUCAUUGAGUAUGCUCUCACCGAGAGAGGCUUGCCGGUGCAUUAUAGGGAUGCGCCGCCGAAGAAUACGACGGUUGAGUCGUUUGAUGAAAAGAAGGGAGAGGAGUGGUUGCGGCGGCAGUUGAGGAAACUGGACGAACUGAAGAUUUAGAUGUACGAUAUUUGGGUGUGUGUUCGGUAAGGUAAGGUUCUAUGUGAGGUCUGCUUCGGUGGACGGCUUAGAUGCCAUAGUGUCGAGGUGUAAAUGUAUUGUAAGAGUUGCAUCCAUCGGCUUUAGGGCGGGUAUAUGUUGUUACAGCGAUGGUCGAUUGGGUGUAGGGCUCUCUUCCACAUACAUGUGUUUGUUUGGGCCAAGCCUAAUGUCAAGUUGAUUAUCGGAGAGCACCUCGG